CACGAGUGACUUAAUGAACAAUGUACUAAAUUAUUUUUCCGUUUGGACAGAGGGUCAUGCAGUACUUGUCUUGCAGUCGCUGUAGCUAAUAAGUAGUAGUAAUAGUAGUAGUGGAACCUAACUAAAGUAAAUAAAACAGCACGACCAACUCUAAACGAACUUUAAGGAAUAACGGGAUAUGCAGGUCGGUGACAGCAUGAUUAUUUUUUUCUUUUUAUAAAACAGAAGCGUCCUUCUUGUUGUCCAGUCUCGUUAAACAAGUAGCUAGUUCAGAUGAGCCUACACGACACUGAAUGGUUCCUUAACAUUCGCAAAGACGCCCUUCUGUUCCUUUAUGUAGAAAUCCAGCGCCUGGGUGUGCUCAGUCUGCUCAACGGUUUUCGAUCUUUCUGAAUUGUUUCUGAAGUAUUUCCCUACCGUGUGUGUUUCCACGGUCUACUGGGCAUAAUUAUUUUUGGUUUAAUCAAAUUACGCACCAUGCGUUGGAAUAAUGGGCUUGGGUUCACAUUUUCUGCGAUUCUAUAUGGAGAAUGUCAUUGGAUUGCUACUAAGUAAAAAAAAAAAAAAAAAGUUGCGAGUUUGGGGCUUCCGCAUUCAGCGCCAUAGCUGAGGUCUGGGAAAGGGGGCAAGCCAGAAUCUCCCUUCAUAACGAGACAGCAUCUUGUUCAGAGCGGAGUUGGAGUAGGACACAGAAGACUAAAUCUAAUAAAUUUUAGAUUGUGGAGAACUGGACGCCGUGUAUUGGAUCUGCAUCCAAAUCAUCAAUGACUCCGAAAGGAUUACUCCCUUAAGAUUUACCGCGGGUAAAAUCAAAACACUCGACUGAUUUUAAAGAGAUCUUCAAGAGCGCGAGAUUUCCUGAAUCCGACUUUCCUGUAGUCAGUCAAGAUCAGAUUUUUAAUAUUUAAAAAAUGGAUAAAUACGACGAUUUGGGACUGGAGGCGAGUAAAUUUAUUGAAGAUCUCAAUAUGUACGAGGCAUCCAAGGACGGGUUGUUCAGAAUGAAAAGAGACGCCAGCAAUAAUCCGGAUUUUGAAGAAACCAGGAGAGUGUUUGCAUCUAAAAUGACGAAAAUCCAUAUGCAAAAACAACAAGAGGAAAUGGCAAGAAACAGUUUGGCAGCAAGGGUGAACGGAGGUUACGGUGGUCACGGCAGAGCUCCAGACGGCACGUGUUACACCAAAGACAGGCCGCCGAUCAACAACUACAGACAAAUGAGUGAAGCAGCGGCCAAACCUCCAAUACUGUCUGGCCCCACAUCAAGCCCUGUCAGCGCGAAUCAGUACAUCGCUUACGAUGGACAAAAACAGCAUCGAGCAGCCCCGCACGAAGUUCCUGGUAGCAGAGGAUACAGCUACGGCAACAGUUACGAUAACAAGGAGGGAUUGGAGCUGCACUCUUACCAAGCCUCAUCGCCCAUAAGCCCAGGCGCUUCUCAUUACAGUGCACUGUCACUGCCGACGCACGGCAGCCUCCCAUCCAGCCCAGCAGCAGGAUGGAGUCUCUCUCGGAGUGGCCACCCCGUUCAGGGAGCUCCAAACUCUGGUGGGGCCAUGGCAUUCGACCUUCCACCAGCCCAGCAGCAGCAGCACCAUCAUCAGCAGCAGCAGGCUUCGCCUGUGUGCCAGAAGCCUGCCUUUCUCUCCAGUACUUCAACGGCCCCUACACUGCUGUCCCCAGGUGCCUCCGGGGCCCCCCAGACCCCGGUGGCAACACCUCCAGCCCGCCAGCCACCACCCUCGUUGUCCCUGGAGCCCAUGCUGAAUGUUCCCUCUCAACCUGCUGCGGGUGCUGCGCCCUCAGACCGGGUUAGAGGCAAGGGUGGGGACCCCACUGCUGACCUGUACCACCAGCAGGCCUCCGCAAUCCCUUACGCUGCUCCACACCCUCAUCCCCUCGGAGAAGGGGCUAGCAAAGAGAAUGGGGUGUCCCUCAUUCCCUUUGUGACGGCCCAGCCAUUACCUGGGCAGCCCCCAGUAUCCUCUCCUCCACCCCAGCCUGCCACUGUUGGGACAGAGGGCCAUGCCUCUGCCUCUGGCUUUAGCACACCCUCCAUGAGCUGUGCUCAGGCUCAAGAUCCUAGCAGCCUGGUGGCCACAGUCCUGCCUGCCCCUCAGGAUCCAGGCAGCCAACCACCCUCCUCUCCACAGGCGUGUGCCAGUGAACUUCCCUUACAGGAAGCCCAAAGCCCCCCCAGAGCGCUCAAACUGCCCUGCCAGACACUCCUUAUACAGCCCGAGUCAGGGCCAACAGCAGCUGAAAUAAAAUUAGAAGCGCUCACAAAGCGUCUGGAAAAGGAGAUGGAUGCCCAGCCAAAGGCCGACUACUUUGGGAGCUGUGUGAAGUGUAACAAGGCAGUGUAUGGAGCCAGUCAAGCCUGCCAGGCUAUGGGGAGCCUCUACCACGACGCCUGCUUCACCUGCAGCGCCUGCAGUCGAAAGCUGCGGGGGAAAGCAUUUUACUAUGUCUGUGGAAAAGUGUUUUGUGAAGAGGAUUUCCUGUACUCUGGGUUCCAGCAGUCGGCAGACAAGUGCAAUGUAUGUGGGCAUCUAAUAAUGGACAUGAUCCUGCAGGCACUGGGCAAAUCCUAUCACCCAGGCUGCUUUCGCUGUGUCAUCUGCAAUGAGAGCCUAGAUGGUGUGCCAUUCACUGUGGAUACGGAGAACAAGAUUUACUGCGUCAAGGAUUACCACAAGGUCCUGGCGCCCAAGUGUGCAGCAUGUGGCCAACCAAUCCUGCCCUCUGAGGGCUCUGAUGAAACAGUCCGAGUCGUGUCUAUGGAUAAGGAUUACCAUGUGGAGUGUUACCACUGUGAGGAUUGUCAUAUGGAGCUGAAUGAUGAGGAGGGACGUCGCUGCUACCCACUGGAUGGGCAUCUGUUGUGCCAUGCUUGCCAUCUUAAGCACAUUGAGCCUAACUGCUCGUCACCUGCUUCCGCUGUCUACCAGCACCAGUUCUAGAGGCUUGGCACCAUCUGCUGGCUCUUAGGAGAAACUGGCCUUCCCGUUCAGACCCUGCCAAAGCCAACAUCAACCACUAUGGAAUUCACUGUGUAGAACAUUUCAGAGCAAAGUGACUGAUUAUAACCCUGUGUUGUUUAUGGACUUUAAGUAAACUCAAAACCAAAAUAAACAAAGAAAAAAUAUUGAAGGAAGGAAGAAAUGGUUUUUUUAAAGGUUAUGGCUAUUAUUACAUUUCAAAACUCUUUGUUUUUAAAGUAGAAAAUAUUGUCGUGUGCUGGUAUACUGAAACAAUAUUUUACUUUGUAAAAGUUAUCAAACCCAAAAGCUUGUGCCCUGUGCUUAUAUGUGUUUCACAUGGUUUUUUUAAGUUAGGGAAGACUAGACAUAGCAGGGUGGGUUUUCUGUUUUGCUGCAUGUUUAUGAACUAAGAGGAGAGCUGCAUCAAAAUGCCUGGAUAUAAUUCAGAAAAACCACCCCAUACUGGCCAGUGACAUGGUCUCAUAUGUAUUAGCACCUUGUAAAUGGAGUUUGCUAAAAAAAAAUUCUCAAACAUGGAUUAAUUAUUCUCAGUUUGAGCUUGAAUUAUUGUCAACAUCCCAUAUAUUCUUAUAUUUAACAGCAAGGGAAUGAACACUUUAGCUUUUUUCCCAUCCUAUUACAUUAGGCCUGGUGUCUCUUGCUCCCAUGUAUUUUUAUUGUGUAUUUUUUAUUUUUAUUUUUAUUUUUUUUUUUGCGCAAUGCUGGCAGGUUGAAUCCAAACUAACACAUUGAUUUCACCUUUUUAAGUUUUGUAUCAUUGAUAUUGGAAGACAACAUGGUUUGGUGUUCGCCAAAUUUAGUGGUGAUUUACCAAGUCAGCGUACUUUUGUUAUAGAAGAAAACCAUCACUAAAGGUAAUGUUUCAAAAUGCAGUUAUACAACCUUAUUAUAUAUAAAUAGUGCGUGCAUGUAUGUGUGUGAGAGAGAAAGAAUGUUUCAAGAGAGAAAAUUUCAUGUUCCUAUUUUGUGGUUGUUUGUUAUUUUAAAUGUGAUAUAUCCUGCUUAUUACACAAUGUGUAUGAGCGGGAAAGGCAUGAAGAAUAUUCCAGAUUAGGUCACUGCCAGAACCAACAUUCAGUCCUUUUGGUGCUGAAACAUGGUGAUGCCGAGUCUGAUUUUGUCCUACUUGGACCAUCUUUUAUAUUUAUAGUAUUUCUGUAAAUCCCAUCAAAAUAUUUCAAUUUAAAAUUAGCAGUGAUCUUUUAGGCAUGAUCUUAACAUCUCUACAGUGCUGUCAAUAACUUAUUUCAAAAUUGCAUUUGUUAUAUAGUUAAUUUUUGUAAUCAUAUUAAAGGUAAUCUGAAAUUGUAUUUAAGAUCUGUGUCCAAAUUCUUUUCCAGUUCUGUGGUGUAACACAUCACUAGUAUUAUAAUUGCAACAAAAAAAAAAAAAAAUGAUGGCAGGUUCUGUCCUCUGUAUGACUGAUUAGGCUAUAGCCAAUGAUAUUCUAUGCUGUUGCACUGUUUUGCUUCAUGUAUUUAAAGUCUGUUCUUAUGUUGCAUUUAGUGUCCACUUAUUUUGAAAUAUGACAGGUGAAAAGAAAUGAACAUGUGAAACAAUGAUUUUAAAUUAAAUCUGUCAUCAAGCUG